AUGACGGCAGCAGCCUCGCAGCGCUGGGUUGCAGCAUGGUUUGCACCGCCUUCCCGAAUGCUGUCCAUGGGAUUGGUUGGGCGCAAGCUUCGUCAGAUCGUUCGUGUGCACGCUAGUGGUCAAGCUGUUCGCCUACGUCUCUCCAAUCGCUACGGAGAUGAACCAAUCACGCUGGCCGAUGUUUCCGUGGCUACUUCUGUCCAUGGUCCCAUGGUUGGAAAGAAAUCAGCACAGGUGCUAUUCAACAGGCAAACACAAGUUAUCCUGGAGCCUGGUUCCGAAACGAUCAGUGAUCCAGUCCCAAUAGAGGUUGAGGCGUUCGAUGCUGUCGCCAUCUCUUUCCAUCUGGUGAAAGGAGAAGCCCUUACGGGCCACCUUGUCGCGUCACAGACCUCCUACGUCUCCUCGCCGGAGGUCGCGAUGAAACUACCCGCUGAACUUGCCUUUGUGGAAUACCCAAUGAUGACGAAUUCCUGGUGGCUCAUCACAGGUCUUGACGUCAUGCCAAUGACACCUUUGAACGCCGUGGUGGCAUUUGGAUCCUCGACCACGGAUGGCGCUGGAUCAACUACAAACACAAACGGUCGCUGGCCUGACUAUUUGGCGUACCGGUUGAAAGAGGCAGGUGGAACGCAGUAUAUGGCAGUCAUCAACGCUGGGCUCUCAGGAAAUCAACUCACAAGCUCCGAGAGCGUAGGCCUCCGCAAUCUCCCAGCUGGGACCCGGCUACCAAAUUUCAUGUUCGGGGACUCUGGGCUGCGGCGUUACGAAUGGGAUGUGGCUCCGCAAUCUGGGGCGACAGAUCUGAUUAUACACAUUGGCUCUAACGAUCUGCGCGCAGAUGUACCGGCUGCGAAGAUCAUCGAAGCAUACAAGCAGGUUGUACUGAGCGCGAGGAAGACUUAUAAGAGAGUUUUCGGAACAACAAUACUGCCUGGCGGAUUCUCGACCGAGCAGUCAAGGCAGCGUCAAAACAUCAAUGAUUGGAUGUUGGAGGACGGAAAACAGCUAUUUGAUUCUGUCUUUGACUUGGGAACUCCGCUACGCGCUGAGACAGACCAUGCGAAAUUGAAUCCCGCAUACGACUCUGGAGAUGGAAUUCACCCGAACAAUGCUGGGUACAAAGUCAUGGCGGACGCUAUCGACAUCAACAAGCUAUCAGGGAAUGCUUCAUAG